CCGCCCUUUUCUGCUUCGUUUGUCUCUUGAGCUCAACAGCUAAACAAAACGUUAUGUUUAGUGAAAUUAAAUGUGAUACGAAACGCGUUUUUGUACCUAAUUUGCAUUUGCCUUUGCCGCAAUAAAACGAUUAUCAAACAUAAAUAUUAAAUACAUUUUCAGAAUGUUUCCGAAUCAAUAAAAGUAUGACGUACUGUCCUUGCAGAAAGUCAAAUGGAAAUGUUUAGAAGUAAUCCGUCGCUUUCUCGACUCUUCGAGGAACUUUGUACGGAAUACAGUGACGAGAUAAUAUGGGCACUGCAAGAAGCUGAGCUAAAUAGGCUAAAAUUGCGUUAUAUCUCUCCGCAAUCCGCAUUCCGUUCGAUUCUCGUCAAUCUCAUUCGGGAUGUUGGUCAGCAACAAAAUCUACGACGAACAACAGUACACUUGGCAAUCUACCUUUUGGACGCAUUUAUGGAUAAUCAUAACAUCAACAAUGAUAGAUUAAAAUUGACUGCACUGAGUUGCAUUUUGUUGGCAGCCAAAAUCGAAGAGAACGAACCAAAAGUUCCAACCUUAAAAAAGAUGAAUGAAUUGCUCAAGCAUAAAUGUCCCCUGUCGGACUUUGUGAUCCUUGAAGUGGUAUUGUUGAAAUUCUUUAAUUGGCAUUUACUCAUACCGACGACUGCUGUUUUUGUUGAGUACUGGUUGCUGCACAUGGUUUCAAAGAACGAUUUUACUUCAACCACUACAGAGGAUCAAUAUUUCGAACGUCGUUCUCGUGCGGCUGAGCUCGUGUUGGAAUUUCUAGACGUGACACUUUUGGACAUAACGAUGACCAAUGUACGCCCUUCUUUGUUAGCUGCUGCAUGCAUUGCUGCAACAAGGGCCAUGCUGCCAGUACUCAGGACCUGGAAUAACAACAUGAUCAAGCUAACUGGUUACACAUCAAGCGAGUUACUGUAUUUGACUCGGAUGCUGAUGAAUAGCCGAGCAGAUCUUAUUGCAGAUACUAUAAGCCGCAAGCGACCAUUGCUCGAUUCUGGAUACGUAACGGAUUCAGAAGACGAAGAGGAUGAUUCAGAAGAUGGUGCCCAAAAAGAAGAGGAGGAAAGCUCAGAUGAAGAUGUAGUGUUCGUCAGUAAGAGUAAACGAAUCAAGAUAGAAUAAAGGUAAGUUAGUAGUUUUUGAUAAACUAUUUUAAUCCAGAUAGUCAUUAAUCACAAGGGAGUUUUGUUGAUGUCAUGAUAUUGGUAGAUAUGUUAUGUUAUUACAUGCUAUGUAAAUUAAAGCUUCAAAUACAUAUGUUAAUGUUCUAUCGGUACAAUCUAA